AUGCCACCCAAUGCGGCCAAGCAGCCGAGGCUUCUGGGAGUUGAAGUCCUAAAGCCCGGAGGAGGAGAAAAAGGAACCGGCGGCUUCGGGGAGUUUCGUUCUUGCGUCCCUUCCGAGCAGAAGCUUCUCGACGGGCAUGGAAAGCGGCGGCCGGGGCCGAGGAAAGCUCCGCCUGAAGCGCAAGAGGCCGGCGGAGGCGGAGAGGCCUCGCCCUUCCCGGCCCCGUAAGUCAUUCCCAAGCCCGGCCCAAGGCUCACGGAGUCCGAACUGCCCGGUCCUGGAAGACGUGGUCGGCCUCCCCACGUUCCUCCCAAAGCAGAGGUCUCAACGGAACUUCCCGGCCACAAAACCGGAAACAUUUCACGCCGGAACGCAAACGUUUCCGUGGUUUCCGUUCCCGCUUUACCGACGGCCAGGUGCCCAAAACCCUGGAAACGAGACAGACGGCGGGAGAGAAAAGCACGGAGACGAGAACCCCAAAGAAAAGAUCUCGGAAACGACACUUCCACAAAGUCAUCGAAAAGAGUCUGAACGAGGUUCUGCCCAGGGCGAAAUGGAAAACAAGCGUGAAAAUGGAAAUAAUAAUGGAAAUAAUACACAGCAUGGCACUGGCUCAGUCUUAAAAUUAGCUCAUUCUGUUUGUGUCGGUGGAGAAGGAAAAACAGAGGAAAUACAACUGGAAAAGUGUCCUCUGUGUCAGAUGCACUUCACCGGAAACUGGUCCCAACUGGAGAUUGACAGCCAUCUCGCUCAAUGUUUAUCCGAAAGUACAGACGACGCGUGGUAAAAAAGACAACAAUAUUAACUAUGAAAAUUCUCCGAUCGAGAGAUAUAUAUUCAGACGACACAAAUCAAGAGCGGCCACGUAUUUCGCCGAGCGAAAAACCAUUUCGUUUUCUCAUUGAAGACUUUAAUAGAUGUGCAAAGAAUAUAAACAAUCGUCGUUGUUGACCGGUUAGUAAUUAAUAAUUACCAUCUGUUGUUGUAUUAUUAUUAUUUUUUGCACAAAUAAAACUCGGCAAAAGAUCUCAACUAGUCCAUUCAUGAUACAAAACUACAAGAACAUAGUUGACCGUUGUACAAUCAUAUUUUUUUUUUGUGUGUUGUUGUCGUCUCAUUUACAUCUCAUUUACAUACCGAGACAAAUGAUAUCGUUUCGCCGGGAUCCCGUUUUGCAAUAUAUUAGGACUUUGGAAGAAAAGAAAAA